AUGUCAGACGCUGAAGACGAGCAUAUGGAAGGCGAGGAGCAGGACGAGAACGACGUUCCUGAGCAGGACGAGAAAAAAGAUGACCAAUUGCAUACACCACGUUCCACCGGAACAGCAGCAUCGGCGCUGAAGAGUCCCACACCUGGACGGACCACCGGUUUCAGUGUGUCGGAGACUGUUCUGCGAAAGCAACAACAAUACUCCGCCGGUAAACCAUCGAAGCAUGACAAGAACAAGCUUAUGCGUUCCGAGGGUAUUAUCCCGAUUCAAGCCGGAUCCAACAAAUAUGCCUCCCAGAAGGGAAUGACCGGCUUUGGUGUGCCUCGUGACGUCAUCGACAAAGUUAAAUCCGACAAUUUGGCCGAGAUUACCGAUGAGAAGAAGAUCGAGGCUCUGAAGGCCUCCACCUGGCUACAGUCCGGUACCAACAAAUUUGCCUCGCAAAAGGGACAAACUGGCUUCGGUUCUCCUCGUGAUGUCAACUACAAGACGAAAGGAACCGGUGGCGCUAGUGAAGUGUCCGAGGAGAAGGCCCGUGCCUCUGACGGUAUUGUGCCACUCCAGUCCGGAACCAACAAGCUCGCUUCUCAAGCGGGUAUGACUGGAAUCGGAAUGCCGCGUAUCGUUGAUGUUCGCAAGGCCGAGGAACAAGACCGAGAAUCGCAGGGAUUCAUCCAUCUUCAGAUGGGAACCAAUCGAUUUGCCAACCAGUCUGGUAUGACUGGCUUCGGUAUGCCCCGCCACAACAUCACGUCCAAGUACAAAGAUGAGGUACGUGGUGAGAUGCCUCAUGACGAAGGAACCACCUCAAGACAAACUUCGGGAUGGAGAGAGGAGCUUGAAGGCACAUUCCAUUCUCGUGGAAUGGGCGGAGCUGAGCACAAGGCGGGAAUGAUCCCUUACCAAAUGGGAGUGAACUUCCUUGAAUCACAGGCUGGUAAGACCGGAUUUGGAAUGCCUAGACAAGUAUAUACCGCUUUCGUCGACGAUACCCAUGAGGAUCUUCCCGCUGACAUGGCUCGCAGACCGGAGGUUCCAUUCUGGACUGGACAAGACGAAGCUAGGCACGCUAAUCAGACCGGUAUGGGUGCGUUCGGAACCCCUCGUGAUGUGCGCGGAGAAUACGUUCGACGCAUGUGGUGA